AUGAUUCACGGUCCAAAUUCCCCUUUUUCAGGAGCUUUUACUAUUGGUAAACGAUAUGAAUGUAUAAUCUUUCUCUAUUCCUUAGCUGCCAUUUACUAAACUAAUCCAAACCCAGGGUAAUGUAUGCUAUUGACAUAGUCCAAAUCACUACUCUAUUAAUCCAAUUGAUAAACCCAUAGGGUUCAGAUUUUCAAAAUCGAAUAGAAAACCCUUAUAUUAACGUAGUAUUGCCCCAGAUCCCGGAGCAUACGAUCUGAAAUUUUAAGUCUUUAAAAAUAUAACUUAAUUAGACAAUCUCCUAAAAUUCACCUUCAGCUGUAUUUACAACAGCCAAAGAUCACUAGUAAAGAGGUUUAGAAAUUGGUCCUGGAUCUUAUAAUUGGACAGAUUAAAAAAAAGCUCCAGCAUUUACAUUUCAAAGCAAAUUCGAUUCUAUUGGUAAUCAGAUACUUUCAAAUCCUGGCCCAGGAACUUAUGACAUUAAACAUUACCAUACACAUUAACCCCAAAAUAAGGGAUUAUCAACGAGUAAGAGGGCUAAUCAGUUAACAUCAAGUACUCCAGGACCAGGAUAGUACGACGUCGAAAUACCUAAAUUCUCAGCCAACAUUAAGUAUAUUUUAAUUUCUAACAGAUUUCCAAAAUCUUAGAGAAGUUUAGAAUAAAGUUAAAUUGGGCCUGGCCCAGGAGCAUUCGAUUUGGCAUUGCCUAAACAAUAAGGCAUAACAUUUGGAGUCAAAGGGAAUCAACAAAUUGAAAAAUAAAAUGUUCCUGGCCCUGGUAGUUACAAAUUAAAAUCAUUUGUUGAAUAUGAUGAAAGAGAUUUAAAAUAAAAUAAAGUAAAAGGAGUUAAGUAUAGAUAAUUUACUCAAAACUAGAAUUGGUACUUCAGAAAGAAGUAGUUAAAAUUUACUCAAGUUUGGACCAUCUCCUUUAGAUUAUGAUGUGUCCAAAUAUAAAUAUCCUACCAGACAUGCUAGGUAAAAGGAUAAAAUAUAAUUUUAGUUUCGGAAGUGCAGUCAGAUAAUCGAUUGUUCCAAAUGAGAAUACUCCUGGCCCUGGAUCAUAUAUGGUUGAUUCCAAACUUCGACCUAAUGGACCUAUCAUACCAAAAGCAUCAAAAGAUUUUAGCUCAUUAGAUAAUGCUCCUGUAUUUUGUAAAAUUAACAUUUUUAGGGUCCUGGAAAGUACAAUCCUAACACAUCAAUUUCAUUAAAUAAAGGACCCAGCUAUCACAUUGCUGGCAAAUAUGAAAAGCCAUUAGAAAGCAGUUUGGUAGGACCUGGAAGAUAUAAUAUUUCAAGGAAUAUCAAUGAUGGUCCUAAAUAUACAUUUCCAACCUUAGAAAAAAGUAUGGACAACAAAUCUUUAGAUAUAAAUUAGUAAUUUACUUUAGUUAAUAAAAAAUAGAUCCCAUUGUUAUGAAAUCUAAUAAACCAUUGGAUAUAUACCUCCGUACAACUUACAUAAUUGAAUAAAAUCAAAACGGAUUAAUUUAAUAUAUAAUUAUGAAAAUUAUUGUCUUGAUAUUCUUGUUAGGGGCCUUUGCUUCAAACAUCAGACAUAAAAAAGAAAGGUUUUUUAUUAUUCUUAUCAUUUAGACACAUUGAUUCAUAGACAUUAUCACACCAAUAAUAAAACACUAAAGGUAUUUGGAUAAUAAAUAAAUAUGCUUAGAAUUAUUAUAAGUCACUGAUAUAGACAACUAAUCUGAGACAUUUGUUGAGGAAACUCUUAAUCAAUAAUAAAAUCUAGAGGAACCCUAACCAUUAUACAAUAAUGAUGGCAGAUCACCUGAUAUGGGUUUGAACUAGGUUGACAAUAAUGAUGCUCCAGAAGCCCCUAUGAUGGCAGAUAAUGUUUUAGAUUAUUCAGCACAAGAAGAAGUGAUUAGAGGUGUAUCACUGAUAUAAGUUGGGGAAAUUGAUGCAUUAGCUGAUAUUGACACUAGCAUGCCAUUAUUAGAUGAGGAUUUUAAAUAUGAUGAAUAAGCCCUUUAAGAAACUCCUUUAAAUAUUGAUGUCAUAGAAGAAGUACCUUAAUAAUAAGAAUAAGAGGUGAAUUAAAUUGAUGAUUAAUUAUAAUAAGAGAUCGAAAUAGAAGAUUAGCAAGAUUAACUAAUAAAUGAGGUUUAAUUACUCUAAAUUGGAGGAUUCUAUUAUUGAU